AUGUUCCUGACAGUGUACCUCAGUAACAAUGACCAGCAUUUUACAGAGGUGCCCGUUACCCCAGAGACACUGUGCCGGGACGUGGUGGAACUAUGUAAGGAGCCCGGAGAGACUGAAUGCCACCUGGCUGAGAUGUGGCGCGGAUCUGGUGAGCCUCCUCCCCCUUUACGCCUGUAUACGCCUGACAACUAACACCCCUAUGCCUGUCGUUUAGGCACCUGGACUAGUAACAAUACCUAUGAUCUAGUGGUUAUUUGGGAAAAACACAUCUUGUCUUAUAAACAAACCCCAAGAUGAUAUAGAACAUAGGGAGAGUUUUGAGAGAACAUCCUAUUUUCGAAAGAACACAGAAUAAAAGUGGGCUGGCUGUGUGCCAACUGGCCAGACUUGAUGCUUCCUCUGAGGAGCUGGUCUUUAUCUGUGUUGUCUCUGAUGCUAACAAGCUGGGUGUAUUAUCUUAGUAGCCCACCACACAGAUAACACAUCUCUCACAAGUCUCUCAAGUGGAGAAAUAAGACUUCAGCCUUGCACAAUCCCCAUUGCCGCUCUCCAAGCAUUCUUAGAACUCAAGUACCUGGGGUUAGAAGUGGACCGUUUCCAUGGUUGUGUGUGGUUGCCAUGAGAGACUGGGUGCCUGUGUUCCGGCUGGUGUGCCUCUGUGUCCUUGAGGGGAAUCUUUUUACAAGUACUGAAGGGGAACCAGAUGAAUCUUGCACCUCUUUUUACAAAUAUGUUUUAUUCUUUAGGUUUAGCUAAUUCCAACAAGAAAAAACAGGCCCUGUGUGUUAAUACUGUCCUGAUUAUUUCACAUUCCUUUUUUGUUAUAAGUGAAGGCAUGAGCGAAGUGGUUGUAACAUUUUAAAUACAUUGGUGCACUAAUCAACCAUGUGUUUAGUACUUCCGUGUAAUGAAGAGAAGACAAAUGUUGUUUAGAGGUUUGAGUGGUUAGGCCUGUUGGAUCAGCGCCAGGUCAGCUGAAAACAUGAACAACAUAUCAUUGUCCUUCCCUGAGGCAGCACCUCUCAGGAAGAUGAAGUAAAAACAGAAGUCUUGAUUUAAAUGCAUCUCCUCAGAAUGUAGACUAGCCCAGUCCAGUCAGUCAUUGUGGUCUGACCGGAUUAACAAACCUUGUCAUUAACAACACGUCAUACGACACACACCUUGAGUGCUUUUCCUCUGAGACAAAAUGGCUGUUUACAUUUAUGUUUGUAACUCCAAUGUAGGCUUUGGAUGCUGGAUUAGCAGUCCCAUGCGUGUGUUUUUUAAUUCUUGCUGCGCUUGUCACUUUAGUCCAUGCAUGUAAAACGCAUUAAUACUGAUAGACGGGUUCAAACUAAUGUUAUAGGGGGUGACAAUGUCAAUAUUUCCAAGGCCUGGGGGGUGCACUGCUUCCCCAAGCACCACUAACUCUGUUCUCUAACCUUUUAACCUGUGUGUGUGUGUUCUCUAGUCUAACUCCUUCUUCUCCCCCCCCCAUCAGAGCGACCUGUAGGAGAUGGGGAGCGGAUGCUGGACGUGCUCCAGCGUUGGGGGCAGCACAGAGCAGAGGUGCGCUUCUUCCUGCGUCAUGACCGAGCGCCCAGCAGAGAAUCUGGUGAGUUCCCAAUGACCUGACAGGACAAAGUGCAUACAGAAGAACACAAGCACGCCACACAACACACACAUACAUUUCAAAUGUAUUUCAAUUGACUGAUUUCCUCAUAUGAACUGUAACUCAGUAAAAUCGUUGAAAUUGUUGCAUGUUGCGUUUAUAUUUUUGUCAGUAACUAUACAUACAUACAUACAUACAUACAUACAUACAUACAUACAUACAUACAACAGAUAGUGUAAAGACAAUCUCAGACACAGCUCUGUAAUCAAUUACAUAACAAGUUGUUAGAAAGUAAGUAGAAACCCAGACGGCCCUCCCUCCCCACCGGACAGGGAUUGGGCAACAGAAGCCUAAGACCCCCUUGAUCCUCGUAUGCCUCUGGAUUUCUAAUACAAUGCUUCAAAUUCCAGACAACCCUUAUUUAGCAUAAUGCUCUAGGGCUGUCACUGUGAAGGGGUGUUCAAAUCACAUCCCAAGAAGAUUGUUACUACUUUAUUUUUCUUCAGGGACAUAAAAACUAGAAUUGUUGUCCACAAGGUUGUGUGGAUCCUCUGUCCCUAGUUGCGUAAUUCCUAAGCCCUCUACCACUCACUGCUUGUGUCUGGCUCUGGGAUUAGAUGGCUGUUUUCCUUUCUGGCCAUCUUAGCCUGCACUUGUUUUCCCGCAAAGUUAGCUUGUUUGUACUUAGGCCAUGUCUUCGUAGUUAGUAGCCUUUUGAUGGCCUCGGAUUGGUUAACUUAGCAUUGUGUUCUUUCCCACAGAGUUAGUUAGCCUUGUGAUACAAUUAACUAGCUAAGCGUUGUGUUCUCUCCCAUAGGAGAGAAAAAGCUAAGCUAUCCAUCUCUAUUUACUUUCUUCUUUCUCAUGAAGCUUAGCUAGCUACCCAUAUAGAUAGCUAUUUCCCCCAUUACGUUAUAGUGCUAGGAAUUGCCAGGGACCUCACGAUACGAUGAUAUCGCGAUACUUAGGUGCCGAUACGAUAUUUAUUGCAAUGUAUUGCGAUUGGUAUUGCAAUUUGAUGUUCCAAACAUAUUGCUCAUUAUGUGUCUGCUGCAAAGAGACAAGGGAGAGCAUGUGAAAAUGAGUUUAUUCAUAUAUACAAUGAGUGUACAAAACAUUAGGAAUACCUUCCUAAUAUUGAGUUGCACCCCAUUUUCCCUCAGAACAGCUUCCAUUCAUCAGGGCAUGGACUCUACAAGGUGUCAAGCAUUCCACAGGGAUGCUGGCCCAUGUUGACUCCAAUGAUUCCCACAGUUGUGUCAAGUUGGAUGGAUGUCCUUUGGGUGGUGGACCAUUAUUGAUGCACACGGGAAACUGUUGAGCGUGAAAAACCCAGCAGUGUUGCAGUUCUUGACACACUCAAACCGGUGCACCUGGCACCUACUACCAUGCACCUGGCACCUACUACCAUACCCUGUUCAAAGGCACUUAAAUAUUUGGUCUUGCCCAUUCACCCUCUGAAUAGUACAUAUACACAAUCCAUGUCUCAAUUGUCUCAGGGCUUAAAAAUCCUUCUUUAACCUGUCUCCUCCCUGUCAUCUACACUGAUUUUGAAGUGGAUUUAACAAGUGACAUCAAUAAGGGAUCAUAGCUUUCAUAGGGAAGAUGUCAAAAUUAUUAAAUAACACAUUAAACAAAUCAAAAUAUAUUCUAAUAGCCACCCUUUGCCUUGAUGACAGCUUUGCACACUCUUGGCACUCUCUCAACCAGCUUCACCUGGAAUGCUUUUCCAACAGUCUUGAAGGAGUUCACAUAUGCUGAGCACUUGUUGGCUGCUUUCCCUUCACUCUGCAGUCCAACUCAUCCCAAACCAUCUCAAUUUGGUUGAGGUUGGGGGAUUGUGGAGGCCAGGUAAUCUGAUGCAGCACUCCAUCACUCUCCUUCUUGGUAAAAUAGCCCUUAUACAGCCUGGAGGUGUGUUGGGUCAUUGUCCUGUUGAAAAACAAAUGAUUGUCCCACUAAGCCCAAACCAGAUAGGAUGGCGUAUCGCUGUAGAAUACUGUGGUAGCGAUGCUGGUUAAGUGUGCCUUGAAUUCGAAAUAAAUCACAGACAGUUUCACCAGCAAAGCACAAUAACACCUCCUCCACCAUGCUUUACGGUGGAAAUACACAUGCGGAGAUCAUCCGUUCACCCACAUCGCGUCUCACAAAGACACGGCGGUUGGAACCAAAAAUCUCCAAUUUGGACUCUCAAUUAUGUUGAGGUCGGGGGAUUGUGGAGGCCAGGUCAUCUGAUGCAGCACUCCAUCACUCUCCUUCUUGGUAAAAUAUCCCUUACACAGCCUGGAGGUGUGUUGGGUCAUUGACCUGUUGAAAAACAAAUGAUAGUCCCACUAAGCCCAAACCAGAUGGGAUGGCAUAUUGCUGUAGAAUGCUGUCGUAGCCAUGCUGGUUAAGUGUGCCUUGAAUUCUAAAUAAAUCACAGACAGUGUCACCAGCAAAGCACCCCCAAACCAUAACACCUCCACUCCCAUGCUUUAUGGUGGGAACUACACAUGCGGAGGUCAUCCGUUCACCCACACCGCGUCUCACAAAGACAUGGCGGUUGGAACCAAAAAUCACCAAUUUGGAAUCAAGACCAAAGGAUACAUUUCCACCGGUCUAAUGUCUAUUGCUCGUGUUUCUUGGCCCAAGCAAGUCUCUUCUUAUUAUUGGUGUACUUUAGUAGUGGUUUCUUUGCUGCAAAGAAACCACUAAAGGACACCAAUAGGAAGAAGAGAUACGCCAUCCCAUCUGGUUUGGGCUUAGUGGGACUAUCAUUUGUUUUUCAACAGGACAAUGACCCAACACACCUCAAUUAGCCUAUCAGAAGCUUCUAAAGCCAUGACAUCAUUUUCUGAAAUUUUCCAAGCUGUUUAAAGGCACAGUCAACUUAGUGUAUGUAAACUCCUGACCCACUGGAAUUGUGAUACCGUGAAAUAAUCUGUCUGUAAACAAUUGUUGGAAAAAUGACGUGUGUCAUGCACAAAGUAGAUGUCCUAACCGACUUGCCAAAACUAUAGUUUGUUAACAAGAAAUGUGUGGAGUGGUUGAAAAACAAGUUUUAAUGACUCCAACCUAAGUGUAUGUAAACUUCCGACUUCAACUGCAUAUAAAACACUUUUUUGGUUACUACAUGAUUCCAUAUUUGUUAUUUCAUAGUUUUGAUGUCUUCACUAUUAUUUUACAAUGUAAAAAAUAGUAAAAACAAAGAAAAACCCUUGAAUGAUUAGGUGCGUCCAAACUUUUGGCUGGUACUGUAUAUAUAUUUAUUUGUUUGUUAUUUUUUACAAAUUGAUACUUGGAGUCAAAGUAUUGAUAUAAUAUUGUCCUAAAAUAAUAUUGCGAUAUGUAACUAUCAAAUAAUAGUUCUCCCCCAUCACUAUUAAGUUAGCUAAGUAGGCUAUUCAAUUAAUUUGUCAUAGCAUUAGCUUAUAGGCUAAUUAUUUAUUCAGCGUUAGCUCAGCAUGUUCUUGUGUCCCUGAGUAGUCCCCAGUCCUAGCCCAUGUUUGUAGCAGAUGUUGUCCAAAACUAUUAUGUAAGUUGCUUGGUCACUGGCCGGUGCUCGAGGGAUGAAAUCAGUUCCAUUGGCUCUCUAAGACACCCCCGACACAAAUACACACAGACACAAAUACACACACACACACACACAGUCAAUGAUCAGCCCUUCAGAGACCCAGGGUACUGUAGUAAAUCCUGAGAUUAUGACCAUUCUCUGGGCGACACUGAUCUCUUUGUGCUGGCUGAGUGGCUUAGCUCGUCGCUAACGCUAGCCAGUCUGUGUUUGUGUAACCUGCUUGUGACUCCUCCCCUCCAGUUGAAGGAUCCUAUUGCAGAACGUGUGCGUGUGUGUGUACUGUAUGUGGUGUGUGUGUCAGUGUGUGGUAUAUAAGGGAGAGCGUGAGAGAUGUUUCCUUCGCUCAUAUCAGCUGUUGUUCCAAUGAACACUUUGCGUGAGUUUCUCAUAGUUUCCUAACAGGAUUGGUGGCUUUUAAUGUUAGUCAGGAAAACUUUUGCUGCUUUACUCUUCUCUCUGACAGUUUUUGACUGAGGUUUUGGAUGUGUGUUUCAGGUGGCUCACGAGGAUCAGACUCCAAGAGGAACGGAGUGAAGAGCACCUCGGAUAGACGGAUGGAGAAUGGGGUGAGUUCAGAAACCAUUGACUUUAGACAAACGUUUGCUUGGUGACCUUUUGAAAUCCUGUUUUUCAUUAAUUCACGCCUGUACAUUUCCUGUCCUAUGAGUCAUUGGAUUAGUCAAUUAAUCAAACAUUAACUUUCCCUCUGAAUUGUUUUGACUCAUUGAUGGAGCUCUUUUUAACUUUUUUUACCAUUUCCUCUGCUGCUCUUUGAAUGCUGCUAUUAGUUUUCAAACGUUUAAACCUGUAACAUCUAUAGCUUCCAAAGAGAAGGAGGAGGAGAGAGGGGAACAACGAGUUCAGUUACUCCUGUGUCACCAAUGACGCAAAAAAACGUCCCCAUAUUUGAACAUGACCGUGUGCUAUUUACCCACAUGCAGAGACUGUACUUGUCCUACUUAGCUUCAGGCCUGUCUUGACACAGAUGCAAAACACACAACAUUUGCCUUGGAGUGACAGAUGAGGUGUUAGUAUAUGUACAAUGUGUGUGUGUCUUACUUUGCCAAUUGUUUUUUGUUUGUGUGUGUGUGUAUAACUGACCGUCUCUCUCCUUGUUGUACCAUGUGCAGGUGUCGGCUCCGCGGAUGGACAUGACUCUGGCUGAGCUGCAGGAGAUGGCUGCCAGACAGCAGCAGCAGAUAGACGCACAGCAACAACUCCUCGCCUCCAAGGUAACAAGGGAGGGUAGAAAGAUAGAGAAGGGCAGGGGGGGGGGGGGGGGGGGGGGGGGGGGUUGGAAAGGAGGAGAUGGGACAUGGAGGAAGAAGGAAAGCGAGGGUGAGUGGGGUGGGAUGAAAGAGAGAGGGAGAUGCUUAGAGCGAGAGAAAGUGAGAGGAAGAUGAAAGAGGGGCGGGUAAAGUCAUGGAAAUAAAUGGAGAGGAUGAAAAACAGAUGAGGGGGGGCGAGAGAGGAGAAGAUAAAAGGACAAAGUGAUGGAGAAAAGUGGAAGCAAGGAGCACAGAAGGUGAGAUAUCAGGGAGAAAAAAAAGGUUUUAUUGAGUAGGAAGCGAUUGCGAGAUAACCCUUUUGAUGUAGUGGUCUUGAGCAGGUGGCUUGAGGGAGAAGGGAACACACAGGUAGUGCUUAGCGAUUAACCGAAAUGUCGGUUAUUUUUCGUUUUUUAAACAGCUAAUUGGCCGACGUUGGUUCAAUUAUUUGAAUUCCAUUUAGUUAGUUUUUCUUCUGUGAGCUCAAUGUGCACAUCGCACAGUUUCUGUAGAGAUAAGUCAGAUCCAGCCUGAACUGUGCAAUAUAGUAGGGAGUUGUAGUUUCCAACAGGCCAAUAUUCUACAUAGUUUAGUGUGUAAAACGUGGUAAUUAACUAUACUGAACAAAAAUAUAAGCGCAACAAUUUCUAAGAUUUUACAGAGUUACAGUUCAUAAACUCAGCAAAAAAAGAAACGUCCUCUUACUGUCAACUGCGCUUAUUUUCAGCAAACUUAACAUGUGUAAAUAUUUGUAUGAACAUAACAAGAUUCAACAACUGAGACAUAAACUGAAGAAGUUCCACAGACAUGUGACUAACAGAAAUUGAAUAAUGUGUCCCUGAACAAAGGGGGGGUCAAAAUCAAAAGUAACAGUCAGUAUCUGGUGUGGCCACCAGCUGCAUUAAGUACUGCAGUGCAUCUCCUCCUCAUGGACUGCACCAGAUUUGCCAGUUCUUGCUGUGUGAUGUUACCCCACUCUUCCACCAAGGCACCUGCAAGUUCCCGGACAUUUCUGGGGGGAAUGGCCCUAGCCCUCACCCUCCGAUCCAACAGGUCCCAGAAGUGCUCAAUGGGAUUGAGAUUCGGGCUCUUCGCUGGCCAUGGCAGAACACUGACAUUCCUGUCUUGCAGGAAAUCACGCACAGUACAAGCAGUAUGGCUGGUAGCAUUGUCAUGCUGGAGGGUCAUGUCAGGAUGAGCCUGCAGGAAGGGUACCACAUGAGGGAGGAGGAUGUCUUCCCUGUAACGCACACCGUUGAGAUUGCAUGCAAUGACAACAAGCUCAGUCCGAUGAUGCUGUGACACACCGCCCCAGACCAUGACGGACCCUCACCUCCAAAUCGAUCCCGCUCCAGGGUACAGGCCUCGGUGUAACGCUCAUUCCUUCGACAAUAAACGUGAAUCCGACCAUCACCCCUGGUGAGACAAAACCGCGACUUGUCAGUGAAGAGCACUUUUUGCCAGUCCUGUCUGGUCCAGCGACGGUGGGUUUGUGUCCAUAGGCGACGUUGUUGCCGGUGAUGUCUGGUGAGGACCUGCCUUACAACAGGCAUACAAGCCCUCAGUCCAGCCUCUCUCAGCCUAUUGCGGACAGUCUGAGCACUGAUGGAGGGAUUGUGCGUUCCUGGUGUAACUCAGGCAGUUGUUGUUGCCAUCCUGUACCUGUCCCGCAGGUGUGAUGUUCGGAUGUACCGAUCCUGUGCAGGUGUUGUUACACGUGGUCUGCCACUGCGAGGACGAUCAGCUGUCCAUCCUGUCUCCCUGUAGCUCUGUCUUAGGCGUCUCACAGUAAUAAUAAUAAUAAUAAUAAUAUGCCAUUUAGCAGACUCUUUUAUCCAAAGCGGUACGGACAUUGCAAUUUAUUGCCCUGGCCACAUCUGCAGUCCUCAUGCCUCCUUGCAGCAUGCCUAAGGCACGUUCACACAGAUGAGCAGGGACCCUGGGCAUCUUUCUUUUGGUGUUUUUCAGAGUCAGUAGAAAGGCCUCUUUAGUGUCCUAAGUUUUCAUAACUGUGACCUUAAUUGCCUACCGUCUGUAAGCUGUUAGUGUCUUAACGACCGUUCCACAGGUGCAUGUUCAUUAAUUGUUUAUGGUUCAUUGAACAAGCAUGGGAAACAGUGUUUAAACUCUUUAACAAUGAAGUUCUGUGAAGUUAUUUGGAUUUUUUUCGAAUUAUCUUUGAAAGACAGGGUCCUGAAAAGGGGACUUUUCUUUUUUUGCUGAGUUUAUAAGGAAAUCAGUCAAUUGAAAAAAAUAAUUAGGUCCUCAAAAAAAGGUAGGGGCGUGGAUCAGAAAACCAGUCAGUAACUGGUGUGACCACCAUUUGCCUCAUGCAGCGCGACACAUCUCCUUCACAUAAUGUUAAUCAGGCUAUUGAUUGUGGCCUGUGGAAUGUUGUCCCUUUCCUCUUCAAUGGCUGUGUGAAGUUGCUGGAUAUUGACAGGAACUGGAACACGCUGUCGUACACGCUGAUCCAGAGCAUCCCAAACUUGCUCAAUGGGUGACAUGUCUGGUGAGUGUGCAGGCCAUGGAAGAACUAGGACAUUUUCAGCUUCCAGGAAUUGUGUACAUAUCCUUGCAACAUGGGGCUGUGCAUUAUCAUGCUGAAAAAUGAGGUGAUGGUGGCGGAUGAUUGGUACGACAAUGGGCCUCAGGAUCUCGUCACGAUAUCACUGUGCAUUGAAAUUGCUAUUGACAAAAUGCAAUUGUGUUCGUUGUCCGUAGCUUAUGCCUGCCCGUACCAUAACCCCACCGCCACCAUGGGGCACUCUGUUCACAUCGUUGACAUCAGCAAACCGACGCCAUACACGUGGUCUGCGGUUGUGAGGCCGGCUGGACAUACUGCCAAAUUCUCUAAAAUGAUGUUGGAGGCGGCUUAUGGUAAAGAAAUGAGCAUUCAAUUCUCUGGCAACAGCUAUGGUGGACAUUCCUGAAGUCAGCAUGCCAAUUGCACACUCCCUCAACUUGAGACAUCUGUGGCAUUGUGUUGUGUGACAAAAUUGCACUUUUAGAGUGGCUUUUUAUUGUCCCCAGCACAAGGUGCACCUGUGUAAUGAGUAUGCUGUUUAAUCAGCUUCUUGAUAUGCCACACCUGUCAGGUGGAUGGAUUAUCUUGGCAAAGGAGAAAUUUCUCACUAACAGGGAUGUAAACAAAUUUGUGCACAACAUUUGAGAGAAAUAAGCUUUUUGUGCCUGAAACAUGGGACAAACACUUUACAUGUUGUGUUUAUAUUUUUGUUCAGUGUACAAUGACCAUAAUCCAUUGUGCACCUACAUGCCGGUCUGUGUUUCUUUUACAACUGCUAUGGAAGAGAGAAGAAUGCGUGAUUGUGAGGUGAUAUACAGAGCUGCUGUUGCUUCGCGAGGUAUCGCUACCAGAAAAUACAUAAUCUUAAGUGAUUGAUAGUAUUCAGCAGUCAUAAAAGUAUGCCUUACUUACAUUGAAGAACUACAAAAUAGUGAUUUUGUUAGACAGCAUAGGCAGCAGCUCUAUAGAGAUGAGAUGACUUGGAAUGAAAUAAUAAAGUCAUCAAAUAAAACAAAUGUAAUAUACACAAACAACUGAAAUAUUUUAUUAAAGUAAUGUGAAUGAAGGAUGGUUAAUAAGUGAUAAGCAGUAAUGGGCAGUCACUACCAUCAUGGGACUUUUAUUAAUUGUUGUAUUCUGGGUUACAGCAUUCAACCCACAUAAUGCAUAGUGUAUUUAAUGUAUAAAAUAAUCGAAACCAAAAUUGAAAACCAUGAUUAUUUUUAAAUAAUCGAACCGAAACCAAACCAACCUCAAAAAGCACUAAUUGCUCGGCAAUACACACAGGAGGUGGAAAAUAAGGGAUAGUUGUGCAGAUGAGAGCCUUUCAGUUGUGUUUUCCCCAUCUCAUUAACAUGUGAUUCUGCUCAUUAAUCACUAUAACCAUGGUUCACAAUAAGGACUUUUUUCCAGAUACAGAAGAUGUAUUGGCUGGAUAAGGGCAAUAGGCUGAAGCAUUACAGUUUGGUUGAUUUGAUGGGUUUCUUUCCUUCGAGGGUUUCUGUAGUUGCUGAGGCAUCUUGAACCAUAGCCUCAGUUUCCACUGGUAUAUUUUUUUUUACAUUUAUUUAUCAAGGCUCAAGUUUCAUGGAGAUCAAUGCUCUUGUUUCAAGAGAGACCUGUCUGCUCUCUCUCUCUCUUACUGUCUCUCUCUUUUCUCAGUCAAACUGAGAAAAGUGAUUUUUUUUCUGUUCUGCCUUUGCUUGGAUCAACCCAGUCUGUUCCACGCAGUGUGCCCAGCUGUGCUGUCUGUCUGUCUGUGCUUAUCCUAACUGUGUUCGUCAGGGGAAGCCAGAGGAUAGCACAACAGGCUUAGGAAUGUAGCCCUGAGCGAGCAGCCAAGUAAACAUACCUUACCAUCACCACAGAUCACCUGUAAGGGAGCUGGAUAAAGACAGUGUUGUGUUAAAGUUAAAACUUUCUCAGGAGAUUCCUAUCACGUUUAUGGCGCAAUGAGUAGUUCAUUGUUAGACUCACCGUAGUGAUAAUCGGUUUGACAAAUGUUGAGUUAUAACUAAUGACAGGUACUGUAUCAUUGGCAGGAUAACAUGCCAAAAGCACAUUUCAACUAUAAGAACUGAAAAAGAUUUAUAGACAUUGCAGACAAAUCACAAUUGACAUACAGUACAGUAGUUGUAUCCCAUUGGCCUAAUUAAAAUGAGCAGUUAAAAUGAUCCAGUAUGCAGUCUAUGAAAUGAUAGUUAAUCACUCUGUGCAGUGGUGGCUCCAUAACCAUCCUGUCUUCUUUCUCCCCUACCCGGCUCCUCGCUCCCUCUUUAGGAGCAGCGCCUGCGCUACCUGAAGCAGCAGGAGGAGAGGCAGCAGGCGUCCGAGCAGGAGAAGCUGCGGCGUCUCAGGGAGAACGUGGAGAACCAGGAGACCAGGCUCAAGAAGGUCCGGGCCCUCAAGGGCCACGUGGAGCAGAAACGCCUCAGCAAUGGCAAGCUGGGUGAGCACAGUGAUGCUAUGAAUGGGCAAGGGAUUGGUUGUUUGGUGGAUUGAUUGUGGUGAAUUAAUUGGUGGAUUUGUGUAGGAUGACUGACUGAUCGAUUGGUUCUAACCUGUCUGUCUGCGUGCGUGUAUGUCUCUCUCUCUCACUUGCUGUCUGUCUGUCUGUGUAGUGGAGGAGAUAGAGCAGAUGAACGGUCUGUUCCAACAGAAGCAGAGAGAGCUGGUGGUGGCUGUGUCCAAGGUGGAGGAUCUAAACAGACAGCUGGAGAUGCUCAAGAACGGCAAGAUGGACAGCUUCAAAGACAACCAGAGCUCUGUGGCUGAACUGGAUCACCUCUACAAGGAGCUGCAGGUGUGUGUGCUUCGAGUUUGCACUUUUGGGACUAUUGACAAUUCCAUGGUACCUAGAAAACGAAAUCCCAGGAGCUCAAUUCUUUGAAAGUAUUUGACAUAUGCAGGCCAUUUGACCCAUGUCUGUAUUUUCAAAUCACAUAUAUUUAGCAUGUGGCUCGUGUGGGACUCAAACCCUUAACUAUGCCUACCACCAUGACCUAACUAAUCAACUGAGCCAUCAGAACCACUAGUUCAUAGCCUCAUAUGUCUUCUACCCUGUCCUCCAUCCUAGUUCAGCUCUCUGACAUGUCAUCUCUUGUCUGCUCUAGCUGCGUAACAAGCUGAACCAGGAACAGAAUGCCAAGCUGCAGCAUCAGAGAGACAGUCUGAACAAGCGCAACCUGGAGGUGGCCUCUAUGGACAAACGGGUCAGUGAGCUCCGAGACCGCCUCUGGAAGAAGAAGGCCGCUCUGCAGCAGAAAGAGAACCUGCCGGUGAGUACACACACAUGUAGUGUACAUACACACAUACUGUACAUGCAUGCACGCACACGUACACGCACACGCACACAUACGGAUGCGUAACACUUACUUUGACAUCUCAAGACUUGGUCAAAGAAAUUGAAAUAUUUACAUAGUGAAGCACAUCCCAUCAAAAGUGAUAACCUGAGCGCCCCCUAGGGGCUGGAGAGUAUAAACACACUGUAUCUCUGUUUACCUCUGAAAGCCACAGAUGCCCUGGCCCUCAGAGCCGGCCCCUAUCAAAAAAGUAAGACUCCUCAACCUCGUCUCUCGCUGCCUUUCUGCACUGACAAACAAAUCACUGCCUCACAGGACCGAAAUACCCUCUGGUGUCUCCUUCCACAGUUCACUUGUUCAAUCUUUGUUUAUUCAGCAAUCUUCAAUCCUGGUCCCUGGGACCCUCAGAGUGGGGAGAUUUUUCCCCCAGCCCAGUACUAUAACACCUGAUUCAGGUAUUUUAGUGCCCAGCUGGAGCAAAAGCCUGCACACCCGGUGGCUCCCAAAGAUCAGGAUUGAAGGAGUUGAUGUCACGGAGUUGAUUUGCUAUCUCCGUUUACACUCAACACUCCCUCUCUUCAGCUCAGCUUGGCAAAAACAACUCCAGGAGUGGAGACUAGAGCUCUGGCUGGCAGACAGGAAUGCCAGAGGAGAUGGUAUCAGGCCUGAGCUCUGACAUCACUGCCUGAUAUCUCUCUAACCCUCUUCCUCUGAGUUGUUUUUGACUUCUGUGGUUUCCAUGGCACUUUUGUAAUCUAUGUAAACAUGCUCGGUUCUGUCUUUGAAAGAUUUUGUGAGGAUAUUGUCAGGACAUAUGAGAUGUGCUGUAGCUAUAAGUGGACAAGAACAACAUGUAAGGACGAGGAGUGUUUGUCAAAUGGAAACUGAGUGGUUGAGGUUGUGGAGGAUUUGCUCUGGCACUCAAACUAUGUUAGUAAAUCCUACAGGCAUGAUUUAUUAUGAUUUUUCAUGUGGUUGUCAAUUUACAAAAUCUAUUCUCGAUCAGAGGUGUUUGAAUAGGAAAAACAAAACCUCUGUCAAACGAAUAGACAAUCCCUGGUGGUUUGGUGGUCUUAUUGAUUUUGACACCCUUUACUUUCCUUGAUAACUAUCAUGUUAUAUCUCAAACUAACUAACUUAAUGUGGGGAGUUGAGAUUUAUCUCUCCAUUUGAGUAACUUUAUGCUUACUAAUCCAAGUUUUAUAAUUUAAUGGGACAUAUCCACAUUUUUCUACUUCAAAUUCGUCAUCUCCAGCACCACCCCAACAUCAACAUAAUAUAAUAAUGUUAUGUGAAAAUGGCAGGUUUAUAUUUUUUGGUAUAAAAAAAAAAGCCUACUAAUAGUUGGUUAAAAUCACAUGAUGCCGACCAGAUUAUAUUGAAAGUGUUGCCAAAUGGUGUCAUCGGAAACACUUAUCUCCCUCUACGCUUUUGACUUCAAACAUAGAAACCAGCCGCUUUCACAUAUUUUGAUGUUGGGGUGGUGCUGGAGAUGACUAAUACGAAGUUGAAAAUGUUUUACAUUUCCUUUUAAUGUGUGUAUGCCACUGUGAUCACAAUGUUCCCUGGUUAAUAUGAUAUUUGCGUAGAGAGUGCCAUAAUGUGCAAUACUGUAUCUAUUAAGCUGUUUAUGUGCAAAUAGUCUGCUUUGUAAGCAGCUCUGGAUGAAAGUGUCUACUAAGCUAAACACAUUCUAUACCAUUAGAUCCCGCUCCAAUCUGCAGUGCUAAAACUCACUGAAUUAAUAAUACUGUAGUGGAAUUAAUCCUUCCCUUUAAUAUCCAUGCUUAAUCCUUUUAUAUAAAUGAAAACCACACGUCACAAAUGGAAAGGAAUUUCAUCCAAUAUUGAAGAAGUCUACCUCUCGUUUGAUGAAGGGAAGAGCUAAGGUAAAUAAAUAAAGGAGACAGCUGAGGAGGUAAAGGUGUAAUGUGUAUAUAGUUAUUACAGAUGAAAGCAGAGGAGCUGAAGGCUGACUAGAGCAGGACUCGCUGAGGAGGUGAUUUAGUGACCGUCUGUCUGGAAUCUUAAUGGCCACAAAGAGCCAUUACGUUGUCACUUCUCUCUGGCAAACUAUACAGCAAGGGUCUGUCUGACGACACCCGGUAGGCAUGUUUCAACCACACUGGUCUCAAGACGCUAGCCUGAGAGAUACCAGCCUUGAAUCACUUCACCUUGCUUAACAUAUGGGAGGAACUGAUCAAUAGUGACUUAUGUACUUGUAUGAGGUUUGACUACCAGUGUGUUCAACUGCUGUUGCCUUUUGUGUUUUUGUUUCUCAAGAAUGGCUACGCUGGUAAGGAGAGGGCUACUAAAGACACUCAUCCGCAGGUACAGUAACUGAUGACAGAGCUGGACCUGACAUACAGACACACACUGAUCUCUUCAGCAUGACGUGGCAGAGCAGCAACAGGCGUAGGAUUUACUGCAUUCCCCCCGUUCUGUUUCCAGUAACGGAGUGCAGUUGAUUUGAUCUGUUUUUAAAGGGCAUGGCGUGACUUAUUUAAUCUGCUCUGUUGCGUAAAGACCUUGUUUCACACAGCUGCUAAAGUUUUUUCUGAAACAGAAACUUUCGGAGAAAGGCUCUGGCUAUGUUAGAAAGUAAAGCUGUUAGUUUGGUCCAGUUUUUUUUCUAAAUGUUUCAGCGUUAGUCUUGAUCAGGCUUUAUGUUGGAUAGUUGGAGUAUUUUUCAACACUGUUUAGCUCCCUUAAAAAUGUCCUCUAGCGAAAAAAAUUUAUACAAAGUUUUACUGUUGAAAAGCGAUAUCCCAAGUAUAAAUACAGUAAAGGACACAUACUAAAUGGUAAAAAAAAUACAUUUUGAGCAAAAUUGUGUUUUUAGACACAACUGCAAACUUCAAGGAGUAGGGCAUUCAAGGACUUGGUCUGAUGGGAAUCCGUGAUGUCAUUGGCCUCCCCCCUUGCUUGCAAAACAAUAGAAGAGCAAUAGAGAACAAAAGAGGAAAGUCCCACCCCCCACUGUUGCUUUGUCAUGACAUACAGUACCUGGACCACCUAUUGAGAUGUCUUUUGUUAAGUAAAUCGGGUGAUAAAUAAGGUGAAAAUGAGUGCCACUUUAAAUGAGCUUUUAUCAUAUUUUCAUCCAUAACUUCAACCACUCUGUGUAUUUAGGACUAGUGGCAUAUGGAUGUUAUAGUAACUGUCUAAUCUACUACAUAAGAAAUAUAUUAUUUUGGUCUUUGCGCUGUACUUUUCACUCUUUAUGUAAGUCUGUGAGUGACACUGUUGUUCCUUCCCACUGAUGCAUCCCACUCAUAACCAGCUGGGUCUGUGUAUUUGUCUCACUCUGGACUGUCUGUGUCUAACUCUUUCCCUCUCUUUCUCUCCCUCGAUCUCUCUUUCUCCCUCUAGCUGCCCUCUGAUGGUCCGGUGGGUCAGCAGCAGCAGCAGGGUCCGUCUCGUGUCGCGGCCGUCGGCCCGUACAUCCAGUCAUCCACCAUGCCUCGCGGCCCAGUGAGACACGAGCUGCUGGUCAAACCCGCUGCCUACCCCGACGGCACCGCCACCCUGCCCGCACACCUAGACCCCCAGGACAAGGCUAACACAGGUGAGACGGUGACCCCAACCUUUCACCUUUCCCCUCUCACUUCUUCCCUCUUGGCCCGGGCAAAGUGAGCCUGUCAAUUGAAGUCUCCACUUCACCUCUUUUGCUCACAGCCCCUUUUAACUAUGUUGGGUACUCUAUACCUCAGCUGAGUGAUUAACAAAGUCACGAUGACGAGCUUGUAAGAGGUUUGACAUGUGACUGCGUUCCCCACCCUCAGCAGGAGCCGAGGAUUCUGGGAUACCCCCGUUGAUACAGACGGGCUCUGGUUGUGAUGUGACUCUAAGCUCAGAAGGUAGCCUACGACCUGAUGUGCCCGUUUCCUCUACCAAUGCCCCUAACCAAAGAUCUAGGAUCAGUUUACCCUACUCCUAAUUUGAACCUGAACCAUUAGGGGAAUUGAUAAGAUACCUGACCUUGAAUCAGUGGUUACGGGCUAAUGAGUUAACUUUGCAGCCAUGCCACUUAUAUUGUGCUGCGAUUGAAUCAGCCAUGAGGCUGUUGCUGUGUUGUGGUGCCCGUCUGUGGAUGAUAGCCUACCUUUUCCUUAUCCCUCAUUUUUCCUCCACCCAUUGGAGAAUUAUCUCUGCCAGGGUGAAAUUCCAGCUUGUUGCUGUGUCAUUGUGCAGUCAGAGGUUGAACCAGGGAAAGCUCAGUAGUAUCGUCUUCAGUUUGGUAAGAUAGCUACUAUCAAUGUACUUAAUCUACUGUAUGUUGGCACUCAGUGGUGUGCAUUUCUUUCUGUAAUGACCGACUUAAUCCACCUGAGGGGGGUAAAGUGCAGGUUGCUACGAUGUAGAAUGAUCAGAUUUCUCUCCCCCAAAUCACGUUAUUUGUCACAUGCAUCGUAAACAACAGGUGUAGACUAACAGUGAAACGCUUCCUUACGCUUACUUCCCAACAAUGCAGAGAGAAUCACUUAAAAAUAAUGGGAAAAUAACACGUGGAAUAAAUACACAAUGAGUAACGAUAACUUGGCUAUAUACAUGGGCUACCAGUACCAAGUCCAUGUCCAGUGGUACGAGGUAGUUGAGGUAGAUAUGUACAUAUAGGUAGGGAUAGAUAAUAAACAGUAACAGCAGCACAUGUGAUGAGUCAAAAUAGUUAAUGCAUAAAGGGUCAAUGUAGAUCAGGGAUGGGCAACUGGCGGCCCUUUUGUAGACCCGCAGACCAAUUUUCCACCAAAAAAUAUGUACUGUGUGUGUAUAUAUACUGAACAGAAAUAUAAACACAACAUGUAAGGCGUUGGUCCCAUGUUUCAUGAACUGAAAUAAAAAAUCCCAGAAUCUUUCCAUACACACAAUAAGGCUUAUUUCUCUCAAAUUGUGUGCACAAAUUUGUUUACAACCCUGUAAGUGAGCAUUUCUCCUUUGACUAGAUAAUCCAUCCACCUGACAGGUGUGGCAUAUCAAGAAGCUGAUUAAACAGCAUGAUCAUCAUUACACAGGUGCACCUUGUGCGGGGGACAAUUAAAGGCCACUGUAAAAUGUGCAGUUUUGUCACACAACACAUCACCACAGAUAUCUCAAGUUUUGAGGGAGCGUGCAAUUGGCAUGCUGACUGCAGGAAUGUCCACCCAGAGCUGUUGCCAGAUAAUUGGAUGUACAUUUUUAUACCAUAAGCCGCAUCCAACGCCGUUUAAAAGAAUUUUGCAGUAUGUCCAACCGGCCUCAAAACCGCAGACCACGUGUAACCACGCCAGCCCAGGACCUCCGCAUCCGGCUUCUUCACCUGUGGGAUAGUCUGGGACCAGCCACCUGGACAGCUGAUGAAACUGAGGAGUAUUUCUGUCUGUAAAAAAGCCAUUUUGUGGGGAAAAACUCAUUAUGAUUGGCUGGGCCUGGCUCCCCAGUGGCUGUGCCUCUGCCCAUUCAUGAAAUCCAUAGAUUAGGGCUGAUUUCCUUAUAUGAACUGUAACUCAGUGAAAUCGUUAAUUGUUUCAUGUUGCAUUUUUAUAUAUUUUUUGUGUGUACACACCUACACACUGUAUGUAUAUACAGUACCAGUCAAAAGUUUGGACACACCUACUCAUUCCAGGGUUUUUCUUUAUUUUUACUUUUUUCUACAUUGUACACAGAGCAGGACACAUAUGGAAUCAUGUAGUAACCAAAAAAGUGUUUAACAAAUCCAAAUAUAUUUGAGAUUUGAGAUUCUUGCCUUGGCAUUCUCUCAACCAGCUUCAUGAGGUAGUCACCUGGAAUGCAUUUCAAUUAACAGGUGUGCCUUGUUAAAAGUUAAUUUGUGGAAUUUCUUUCCUUAAUGUGUUUGAGCCAAUCAGUUGUGUUGUGACAAGGUAGGGGUUGUAUACAGAAUAUAGCCCUAUUUGGUAAAAGACCAAGUCCAUAUUAUGGCAAGAACAGCUCAAAUAAGCAAAGAGAAACGACAGUCCAUCAUUACUUUAAGACAUGAAGGUCAGUCAAUCCGGGAAAAUGUCAAGAACUUUGAAAGAUUCGUCAAGUGCAGUCGCAAAAAUCAUCAAGCGCUAUGAUGAAAUUGGCUCUCAUGAGGACCGCAAAAGCAUUCCUCAUGAAGCUGGUUGAGAGAAUGCCAAGAUUGUGCAAAGCUGUCAUCAAGGAAAAGAUUGGCUAUUUUAAAGAAAAAAUAAAAACCCUUGAAUGAGUAGGUGUCAAAUUUUGACUGGUACUGUGUGUGUGUGUGUGUGUGUGUGUGUGUGUAUGUGUAUGUGUGUGUGUGUAUAUAUAUUAUAUAUAUGUGUGUAUAUAUAUAUAUAUAUGUGUAUAUAUAUAUUAUAUAUAUACACAUAUAUACAUAUACAGUGGGGAGAACAAGUAUUUGAUACACUGCCGAUUUUGCAGGUUUUCCUACUUACAAAGCAUGUAGAGGUCUGUCAUUUGUAUCAUAGGUACACUUCAACUGUGAGCGACGGAAUCUAAAACAAAAAUCCAGAAAAUCACAUUGUAUGAUUUUUAAGUAAUUAAUUUGCAUUUUAUUGCAUGACAUGAGUAUUUGAUCACCUACCAACCAGUAAGAAUUACAGCUCUCACAGACCUGUUAGUUUUUCUUUAAGAAGCCCUCCUGUUCUCCACUCAUUACCUGUAUUAACUGCACCUGUUUGAACUCGUUACCUGUAUAAAAGACACCUGUCCACACACUCAAUCAAACAGACUCCAACCUCUCCACAAUGGCCAAGACCAGAGAGCUGUGUAAGGACAUCAGGGAUAAAAUUGUAGACCUGCACAAGGCUGGGAUGGGCUACAGGACAAUAGGCAAGCAGCUUGGUGAGAAGGCAACAACUGUUGGCGCAAUUAUUAGAAAAUGGAAGAAGUUCAAGAUGACGGUCAAUCACCCUCGGUCUGGGGCUCCAUGCAAGAUCUCACCUCGUGGGGCAUCAAUGAUCAUGAGGAAGGUGAGGGAUCAGCCCAGAACUACACGGCAGGACCUGGUCAAUGACCUGAAGAGAGCUGGGACCACAGUCUCAAAGAAAACCAUUAGUAACACACUACGCCGUCAUGGAUUAAAAUCCUGCAGCGCACGCAAAGUCCCCCUGCUCAAGCCAGCGCAUGUCCAGGCCCAUCUGAUGUUUGCCAAUGACCAUCUGGAUGAUCCAGAGGAGGAAUGGGAGAAGGUCAUGUGGUCUGAUGAGACAAAAAUUGAGCUUUUUGGUCUAAACUCCACUCGCCGUGUUUGGAGGACGAAGAAGGAUGAGUACAACCCCAAGAACACCAUCCCAACCGUGAAGCAUGGAGGUGGAAACAUCAUUCUUUGGGGAUGCUUUUCUGCAAAGGGGACAGGACGACUGCACCGUAUUGAGGGGAGGAUGGAUGGGGCAAUGUAUCGCGAGAUCUUGGCCAACAACCUCCUUCCCUCAGUAAGAGCAUUGAAGAUGGGUCGUGGCAGGGUCUUCCAGCAUGACAACGACCCGAAACACACAGCCAGGGCAACUAAGGAGUGGCUCCGUAAGAAGCAUCUCAAGGUCCUGGAGUGGCCUAGCCAGUCUCCAGACCUGAACCCAAUAGAAAAUCUUUGGAGGGAGCUGAAAGUCCAUAUUGCCCAGCCACAGCCCCGAAACCUGAAGGAUCCGGAGAAGGUCUGUAAGGAGGAGUGGGCCAAAAUCCCUGCUGCAGUGUGUGCAAACCUGGUCAAGACCUACAGGAAACGUAUGAUCUCUGUAAUUGCAAACAAAGGUUUCUGUACCAAAUAUUAAGUUCUGCUUUUCUGAUGUAUCAAAUACUUAUGUCAUGCAAUAAAAUGCAAAUUAAUUACUUAAAAAUCAUACAUGUGAUUUUCUGGAUUUUUGUUUUAGAUUCCGUCUCUCACAGUUGAAGUGUACCUAUGAUAAAAAUUACAGACAUCUACAUGCUUUGUAAGUAGGAAAACCUGCAAAAUCGGCAGUGUAUCAAAUACUUGUUCUCCCCACUGUAUGUAUGUAUGUAUGUAUGUGUGUGUGUAUAUAUAUAUAUAUAUAUAUAUAUAUAUAUAUAUAUAUAUAUAUAUAUAUAUAUAUAUAUAUAUAUAUAUUAUAUUAUAUAUAUAUAUAUAUAUAUAUACUUUUUUUGAGAACUCAGUCGGUGUCUCAACUUACUGUUGAGAGUUGGGUUAAUAGAACACAAGGUGCAAUUUUAAAAUGUGGUUGUGCAUCAGCAGUCACUCAAUUAGCCCAUGCCAGCAUUAUUAUUUUUUGAUUGUAAGUUAGUCUAGCAGCCAGCUAUCUAAACUUGUAGUAAGCGUGGUCGAAUUACCGACUGGGGUGGGGCCGUUGAUAAUCAGUUAUAUAAAAAUGUGCCUCCACCCUAUGCAAAAUGUGUAGAAUUGCAGGAAAUGUGCUGUAAAACGGCAACAUUUUUUCUACGCCACAUGGCAAAAUGUGCAGAAUUGCAGGAAAUUAACUUUAAAACUAAAAAUGUUUAUCUUCGCUGUCUAUGACUUGGGUGGCAUGAGUCUUUGACCAUUUUUAGGGCUUUCCUUUGACACUGCCUGGUAUAGAGGUCCUGGAUGGCAGAGAGCUCGGCCCCAUUUCAUGUAUUCUACAGUGCAUCUCAGUAGGAAUAAGAAAUCCAAUAGUAUUUUACUCACUUGUGAUUAACCUCUUAAGGAUCGGACCCUUUUCUAACUGCCCAUAGCUCAGGACCUGAAGCAAGGAUAUGCAUAUUCUUGAUACCAUUUGAAAGGAAACACUUUGAAGUUUGUGGAAAUGUGAAAUUAAUGUAGGAGAAUAUAACAGAUUAGAUCUGGUGAAAGAUAAUACAAACCAAAAAACAUGCAUUUUCUAUUUUUUUUUUUUUUUUUCCCAUGAUCUUUGAAAUGCAAGAGAAAGGCCACAAUAUAAUGUUGGAGUUUAGCCGCUAUUUAGAUUUAGGCCACUAGAUGGCAGCAGUGUGUGGACAAAGUUUCAGAUUGAUCCAGUGAAGUGUUGCAAUACUGGACUAUUUUGUAUCAAGUCUGCCCAAAUGUGCCAAAUUGGUCAAUUGAUACAAUUUCAAGUACAUAACUUUAGAGAACAUACAAAAAUGAUAUGGCAAUACAAAAUGUAAGUUUACACACUCCCAGGAAUGUCAUACAUGAUGGAUCAUUAGCUUAUACACUAACUUUCACACAUCUAGAUGGCGGGGCGGUGUGGAGCCAGAGACAGCAUUGGUUCAAACUGUAGAACCCAGUUCCUACAUUUGAAUAUAAAAAUUGAUUUUAUCAAACAAAACCAUGCUACAUUUUAUCUCUGGGACCCUUAGGAUGACAAAUCAGAGCAAGAUUACUGAAUGUAAUUACAUUAUUUACCUUCAGAGGUGACUGUAUUAAACCAGUUGCCGUGAUAUGUUUUUUGUUGUUGUGCACUCUCCUCAAACAAUAGCAUGAUAUUUUUUCACUGUAAUAGCUACUGUAAAUUGGACAGUGCAGUUAGAUUAACAAGAAUUUAAGCUUUCUGCCCAUAUAAGACCUGUCCAUGUCCUGGAAAGUUUGCUGUUACUUACAGCAGUCAUGCUAAUCACAUUAGCGCACGUUAGCUCAAUCGUCCCGUAUACGGGACACCGAUCCCGUGGAGGUUUGACUCAUUCUCGCUGAAUAGAAUACCGGUAGAGAGAUUUAAUAGGCUCAAUCCCAUAAUCUCAAUCAACCCAUUAUUUCCUAUGAGGACUUUUAACUCAUGAAUUUCAUUCACCUUUUGAAUUGACUGAAAUGGAGUGGACCCUAAUGCUCACACUAAGGGCUUUGAUUCAGUCAAAUUGCAUGAAGACAACACUAAUGAUACACACACAGCCAAGACAACCAGUGAAAGCCCAUUUACAGACGUUGGCCUGUUUUCAUUCUCUACUCAACUCAGUCUCACUCGUUCAGUCCGCAUCAAAUAACUCCCCCAGUAGAAGGUGUGUGUUGGUGUGAGUGUAAGAGGGACAGGGGGUGGCGUCAUAAAAAAUGUAUGAUAUGACACCAAAACUAGUGAUUUCAACCGCUAAACAACACAGCACCACGAGGCACCUUCCCUUUCUCUCCACCCCCCUCUCCUCUUCCUCAUCGGUCCAUCUUUUCCUUUACAUGUCAUUCUCCAGCGGAAACCAGGGAAACGCAGGAGUUAAAGUAACAGGUUUUCCCCAGUCUGCUGUGAUGUUGCAUGCAAUCACUUCUGCGUGAUGAGCCAAUAUGCAGUGGGAAAGAAGAGAGGAACAGAUUGGGGAGGGAAGAGGGGAAUCUGCAGCCAGUCCAAACCCCUCCAGAGCUCUUCUCCAUCGGGUUGCAGACUAACGGGGAGGGUCCCUGCCUGGUCCCAGGUCCAGCCAGGCCAUCUGCACCCCUCACCAUGCUCACACUGGGCCACCUGCUCGGGCCUAUAACGGACCGGACCUUCAACACUGGAUAUCUGGAUAUCUAAGGCUCCUCUACUUUUUGUCUCUCGUGUGCAUUUUUGUGUUUAUUUUAGAAGCCAUGUUCUUGCUUAAUCCUCUGAAAGAACUGCGGGCUAAGAGAAAAGGUACACACUCCGUGUGUGUGUGUGUGUGUGUGUGUGUGCUCUCUCUCUCUCUGUGUGUGUCAGCUUGUGCUUGCUGUGUGUUACCCUUUCAGUGGAUGCUAUAUGGUCUUAGUUGUGUGUGUAUGUAGGUGUGUGUGCGAGUGUGUAUGUUUGUUAUGAAGAACACAAAAAUACAUUCUUAUUUAAUAUUUUUCUGCCAGAUCUCUGUUUGUGUUGCUGUGAGGCUAUACUGCCUGUUUGUUGAAUUAAACUGUGCCUGUUCACAUUUCCUUUCCACACUGGAUUCAGCAGCGUUUCUAAAUGGGUCAGUUGGAACAAACACAUUACCUCCAGCAGAACUGACGGUCUGACAACCAUGUGGUUUCAGACUGGCCCAAUCAGGUCUAAAUCAGUUAUUGAGGAAACGUGAAAGAUAGGAAGAACUAGCUAGUUUUACCACAUUUUGCACUCCUGUACUGCAGGGUUUCCAAACUCGGUCCUGGCCCCCCCCCCCCCCGGGUGCACGUUUUGCUUUUUGCCCUAGCACGACACAGUGGAUUCAAAUAAUCAAACCUUGAUGAUGAGUUGGCUAUUUUAAUCAGCUGUGUAGUGCUACGGCAAAAAACAAAACCGAGUUUGGGAAACCGUACUGUACUGUCUUAAUUUUGCUGAGAAAAGGGAAGUCCCUGCCACAGGGUUUUUCCUGUAUUGCUAUUAUAGCCCAGCUUCGGCCGGACCUUGUCUAAACAUAUUUGACCUUCCAUUGGUUUGAAUUGAAAGUAUUGUUAUAAAACGCCCCUUAAACCACAACUGCCUAACCACCCCCCUCUCUCAGGUAAGCUGGCAGAGUGGGGCUCUUCAGGACCAGAGUCCAACAGCAGUAGUCACGGGUCAUCCUCCAUACUGCCCAGAAUGACCUCUCACUCCAGCCCCAACACAGAGCAAGGUAACCACCACCAGAUAUGUAGUGGCCAAAUCAUAUCCGUGAGCCCACACAAACUCUUGAAUAUGCACUUAAUUAGUUUCACAGUCCAGAUAGGGUUGUGCCAUUGUUUUCCCUGUUUGGGUCUAGUUCUUAUGUUGUUAUGGUAACACUCGUGGUGGUGUUGUGUGUAGGUGAGACGGAGGGGAUGAAGAGGGACAGGAGGGUGCGUCCGUUCUCCAUGUUUGAGCCAACUGAGGUGUCUGCCUCCUCCCUCCGCAAGAACCAGAGCAGUGACGACCUGGUCAGAGACGCCCAGGUAGGAACAGUACAACUGAACCAAAAUGACCACUUAGCUACUUUUACUGCAGACCCAAAAUGGCUGGUGUCCAGAAAGUUGAAAACGUGAACUUUAAUUGAACUGAAUCCAAUACGUGCUAACCUUCCUACCAACAGCUUUGAGCAGUUUUGCCAAUGCACACACACAUAUGUACCUACCAUACAAGCACAUGUACACAGUACACCUUUAACAGGACAUUUGAUUCCCAAUGAUGUUGUUCCAUGCAGAGAUUUGAGUGUAAGCCUGUGAGUAAUGGGGUUAAAUGAGACGUUGUUGUAUUGUAAUGGGUUAACUGUAAUGUAAGUAUCAUUGACAUUAACUCUUGACAUCAGGAGUGUGUGGGUGGUAUGUUUGUGUGUGUAGUAUGUGAGUACCUAUCUGUCAUCUAACCAGCUCCUCUGUCUACUCCUUUCUCCAGUCUGCUCCUAAAGCUGCAGUCAAGGUUCCUCCACCCGUCGCCAGCAAACCCAAAGCCCCCAGUGGCGCCCCCUACGGAAAGCCAGGCCUCAACGCUGGCACCUUCCCCAAGGCCAAGCCCCCCAGCCAGCACCAGCAGCCCCAGGAGACGGCCCAGACCCGUGUCCCCCUGCCCCUGCCCCACUCCCAGAGCCAGACCCUGCCCCUGCCCUCCAAGCAGGACCCCCCUCUGGCGGCCACCGUCAGACCCUUCACUCCAGAGCUACCUAAAGACAUGAGCAAGCCCCAGACCCUGGCAGCCAGUUCCAUCUACUCCAUGUACACCCAGCAGCCAACCCCAGGCAAGCCCUACCCACCGGCCAUACAGGGGUCUCUCAACAGGAGCCAGAGCCGAGGCAACGGAUUUGUCAGUGGUAAGACUACCUUCUGGUUCCUCUUCAGUUCCUGUCCACUGUAUCUGGACUACUGUCUGUCUGGAGUCAUUUUUCUAUUUGUCUUAAAAAUGAAGGAAUAGGAUUGAUUUCACAAUAUGACUUUGUCAAUCAAGGCCGAUAUGUGAACCAUGGCUCCAAAGCAUUUCACUGAAUACCAGAGUAGUAGAAACAGUCUUGUCUCUGCUCUUGUUCUUUUCUCUGUUCUACACUGACUGGUAGAGUAACUCCUAACAGAGCGUUUAAAGCAGGCUGACGUCAGUCCUAUGCUAAGUACCUUGGAGAGUACAGUGAUUCAUUUAGCCAGCGGAGAGGGUCCUGACUCAAGCUGCAGUUAGUGAAUCUAAUUAAAGGUAAUAAGCCCUGAGGCAUGUUAAUCGUUAAAUAAAACAUUAAAGCAAUCCUCCUCAUUACCCUGUUACUAUUAACGGGUUGCACAUACGCAGAUAUAUCUAACUAACGUUAGGUUUAUAAUGAGUUCGUCUCAGCCCUGUGGGAUUCCUCCCCUUGAGUGAAGCAGAGGAAAUGAACUCUCUAGAGUCUGCCGUGGCUAGGGAAAAUGUGUGGUCCUAGUUAUGAUAAGACGACAUACGUAUAGGAUAUAACGAGAAUCUGGAGUUUUUCCUGGUCAGGUCACAUGAUCAGAAGAAGCUUUUGGGCCUUUCUGACAGUGGCUGUGUCUUAUUUUGUAAAAGUUAGGUAUUUUGUGUACUUGCACACUUCACUAAGAGUCCAUAAGGCCAGGGUGCGCGUGUCAUCCCUGUGGAUCUCCCUCAAGGCAAAUCCACCAACCUGACCUGGCUGACACAUGUUGACACACCACAGCUCAGCCAUGCAGUCAGGAGCACAGCCAUCUGUUACCUAGGCUACUCCCACUAUGAACAUUUUAAGCUGUGUGUUGCCUUGCUCAACAACAAUAGAUUGAAACUAUAUAUUUUCUUCAAUGCUUGUCCUGGAGUAGUGUUGUGUACCAGCAGGAAAAUAGGUUGUCUAGUUAAUGGUAUUUUCGAAGCCCACUUUAUAGUCUGACCUACUCUCUGUGUGUCUCUGUGUGUGUGUAGUGUACGGUAAGCCUGUGAUCUCCGGUGGUGGCCCCCAGCACCCAGAGAACCCGUAUAGCGAGCAGCGGCAUUCCCCAGACCAGCUCUCUGAGGUGGACCACGGGGCCCAUCAGGGCCCCUCCACCGAGGGCCAUCAGGGGGAGACAGAGCGCACCCCCCGCCCCCUCAGCCCAACCAAGCUGCUGCCCUUCAUCUCUAACCCCUACCGCCAUCAGAGUGACGGGGACCUGGAGGCCCUCAGGAAGAAGCUGUACAAUGCCCCACGGCCCUUGAAGAAACGCAGCUCCAUCACAGAGCCCGAGGGCCCAGCAGGACCCAACAUCCAGAAACUGCUCUAUCAGAAGACCACGCUGGCUGCCAUGGAGACCAUCCUCACUACGCCCACCACACCCGAGGCUGUGAAGGAGGAGGGAGGGGCGGUGCCUGGUGUUCCAGGUGCCCAGAUUGGUGGAGAGAGCAGCCAACUGGAAAGUGUAAAACUGGAGGCGGGUGAAGUCCCUCCCCCCACCCCUAACCUCCUACCCCCACCCCCAGCAGAGAAGACUCCCCCACCAGCCAUCCCAGAGGGAGACAGAGAGGAGUUCACCCCCCCUCCUCAUCCAGCCCACCCUGCCCCUCGACCUGACCAGCCCCGGGUCCCCCCACCGCCCCCUGCUGCUGCAGGCAUGGAGGAGCCCAGCCCACCCAGCCUGCACUCUCCUCCAGAGAGUUUCAUGGAAGAGUUCCCCCCCUACCCUCCACCACCCUACCCCAGCGGGGCUGAGCAGGAGAUCCUGGGGGAGGACACCUUCAGCAUGCAGGCACCGGAGGUCACCGGACAGGUCACAUUGCCACCGGUAAGGAACCUAUUAGUUGCACUGUUUUAAUUUUAAGUGCCUUCCAUGACACCCAUAAACACUAGUCCACAAUCAGACACAACCUCUCUACUUGCUGCAAAUAGCUUUAACAUCACAGUCCUAAGCCAUAUUAACAAUAGCCAACUGUACUAUACUCUACAGUACUGUAUGCCUCACUGGUUGAUUAUCAUGGGGUUGUUCUGACUGUUCAGGUUAUACAGUACAUGUUCACCUCUGUUGACCUCACCUCGCCCUGGCUAACCACUCCACCCUCUCCCUGGUUAGAUAAGCACAGUAAUCCUGAUCAGGUAUAGUAGGAAGUGGAACCUGUUUAUUAUGCCCUAAUCGGACAAGAAAACAGCUGCAUUUCAGUAAGCAUUCACAUUCCCCCGUCCAAAGGUGACAUUGAAAUGAGCUUUGGGUAUUUUCUGCCCUGUAAGUAAACAACAAGCUGCAUUCCAUUGUUGAUCCCCUAUAAGUAGGUUUAUCAGCGGGGUCUUACCCUAGGAGUGUUGAUGAAUGGUCUGACCCAUUUUUGCCUCCCAGUCCUUGCUCUCUGCCACUAAACCCAAUGGACCCCUGUUAAGACCCAAAAAAGGGCCCUUUCUUUCAUGGGGCCAGUAAUAGCUAUAAUUUGGUUGUAUAAUAAUCGGGUUGUUUAGUAAAACCUUAAUUUGUUUCAUGACUGAUUUGGCUCUGUUAGAGUCAGAUCAGUACUGAGCUAGUUGUCGAAGGAACAGGACCCUUCAAUCUUGAGUAGAUACUGUAUGCAUUCAAAGGAUACUCUGGAUGCUCAAUCGAAUCGUUUAUGCAUUGCGUCCAUUUUAUUAUUAUUUGGUGGACUGGAACCCAUUUAUAUGAACUGCGAAAAGAUUUUCUAUGCGACACACAAGGACUUGCACAACUCCAUCCAUACAGAGAUGGGACAGGACACUAGCGAACAUCCUCAGACACUUCCUUGUUGAGAGUGUCUCAUCGUGGCUGAGUGAUAUCAUCAAGGUGUGACGUUGUGUAAAAAGUGUACUCACCUCCGUGUGUCUGUACUAGGGGAAGAGGACCAACCUGAGAAAGACUGGCUCCGAGAGGAUCGACCACAGUAUGAGGGUGAAGUUUAACCCCCUGGCCCUGCUCCUGGACUCCUCUCUGGAGGGAGAGUUUGACCUGGUCCAGAGGAUCAUCUACGAGGUAAGACUAUAGUUCUGUAUGUAUAGAUACUGUAGUGUUACCGUGUCUUAUUUCCUAAAGUGGCUCUCUAUUAAGGUAUUUUUUAAACAAAGAUUUUCACAGAGGAACAGUGUUUACAAGUGCUUGUGUGUAGUGAAGAAACAUUUGUAAGGUGUUUUUGUAAUAGCAGGUAGCAUGGUAGCUGGUAAACCAUCACACUCAAAGUGAAGUAGUCUUAAUGUUUUGUAGUCUUAGCUGAUGAUCAUUUCUAUCAAAAGGGUGUAUUGUGUAAAAUAUUAUCUGUGUGUGUGUGUGUGUGUGUAAAGCAAGUUGUAAAGAUCUUAUCCACCUCUCUCUCCAAUCUCAGGUGGAGGACCCUAGUCUGCCUAAUGAUGAGGGGAUCACAGCCCUCCACAACGCAGUCUGUGCCGGACACACAGAGAUCGUCAAGUUCCUGGUCCAGUUUGGUGUCAAUGUCAAUGCAGCCGACAGCGAUGGCUGGUGAGUGGACGCUGCCAACAGCUCUGAUUCUGAUCCAUACAAAAGCCAGCAAGGGAGUCUGACUCAUCUAACUUGAAAGUAUUGAGGAAUAUAUGCUUUGAUGUUUUUUCUUCCUUUCCAUCUCCCUCAUUCUUCCCUCCCUUUCUCUUUCUUCCUCUCCCUCUCUCUCAGGACUCCCCUGCACUGCGCGGCCUCCUGUAAUAACGUGCAGGUGUGUAAGUUCCUGGUUGAGUCGGGAGCAGCGGUGUUUGCUAUGACCUACAGCGACAUGCAGACGGCAGCGGAUAAGUGCGAGGAGAUGGAGGAGGGAUACACCCAGUGCUCCCAGUUCCUCUACGGUCAGUAG